AUGCCGACUGCAACCGUCUGGAGCGCCUUGAUAGUGUGUUCCACUUUCCUCCUACCCUCAACUAUUUCCAUAUUUCCAGGAAACGACCCGAAUCAACUGUAUUCGGGCCAAGCGAACGCGUUCACCGGCAUCCCCUAUUGCCAACCGCCCGUCGGGAACCUCCGUCUUCAACCACCACAACCUCUGACUCAAUUCAACACGACACUCCACGACGCCACAUAUUUCCGUCCGAAAUGCCCACAACUGAAUGCGAAUGGAGCGACGAACGAGGAUUGCCUGUAUCUCAAUGUUUACACACCGCAGGCCGGUAACACGAUGGCCAACCUCUCCGUGCUAGUCCUCAUCGACGGUUCCAAUGGAUUCGCCAACGGUGGAUGCGAUCAAAGCCAGGAAAAGGGGAUCAUCUCAAACCUAGUCCAACGUCAAAUCGUAGUAGUCACCCUGCAGUAUCGUAUCGGAGCCCUCGGCUUCUUUACCACCUACACCAACGCCGUCCAGUCUAACCUGGGAAUGUUGGAUCAGGUUCAAGCGAUGAGAUGGAUCAAGACUGAGAUCACAAAUUUCGGUGGGAAUCCGAAUUCGAUUACGGUAGCUGGACAGGAUGAUGGAGCGUGCGCCGUGUCUGCACACUGUUUGAGUCCGAUGAGUCAGAACCUCUUCAACCAAGCCAUCGUCCAAUCCGGCUCCGUCUACAGCUGCUACAACCCGACGCCCGCCGUUCCCACCAACCCGACCGUCCAAGUGACCACACCAAGACCAAUGUACGACCAACCAAACACGGGUUACGGUAACGCAAACUACGGCUACCAGCCACAGACCACCACACCAACUAGCUCAUAUAACUCUGCAAAUGCUCAGUAUGAUGAUCCAAGUCGACAACUCGCCGAGACCCUGUGCAAUAUCUCUGCGGAUCAGUGGAAUAACGGACAGACUCAGAACAUUCAAAAUUGUAUGAAAAACUAUACGGUGGAUUUCUUUGUUAACCAACAACCCGGGGGACCGAAUGCCACGUGGAUGAUCGUCAGGGACACCUCGUUCCUUCCUGGAUCUAUUGACAGUCUGACAUCUAAGCGUCCAAAUAUUCCAAUUAUAAUCGGCACAGUGCAGGAUGAAGACGCGGAUUAUGCGUUCAAGUUGAUUAACACCGGAAAAGGAAGUGAUCCGAAUAAUUUGGACAACUGGAUGUUCGAUUUUGCCAGGAAGAACAAGUUGAAUCAGACUCAAUCGAAUCAGGUCCAGAAUAUCAUUGCUAAUAACUAUCCGGGUCUGCAGAUGACGACUCAGGGAUCUCAAGCCAACCAAGUGAACAAUCAAUACCAAGGAACCGGACAGCAGGUUAACAAUCAGUACCAGACAAAUCCAAAUGGCCAGCAGGUCAAUAACCAGUACCAGUACGACCAAGGGAAUAGUGGACAGCAAACCAAUAAUCAGUAUCAAGGUGUUCAACCAGGAAGUCAGCAGUACUUUGGAGGCGUGGUGGCUGGGCAGCAGACAACAACUUAUCAGAAUCCAGGCAACUACCAGAACCCUGGUACCUAUCCGGCUACCCAGAAUCAGAACCAACAAUCCACCCAAAACCAAUACGGAGGUAUCAACCAGAACCAGUACAGUAACCAAAAUCAGCAAGCGGGGGGUCCCACUCGACAAUACGACCCAACCUACCAGAACCAGUACAGUAACCAGAACCAAUACCAGCAAGGAUCCACUCAGACCAACAACCAACAACAGUACGGAGGUCAAGGUAGCCAGACAUCCAAUCAAUAUCAGAAUAAUGGAAUGUACACCAAUGUCACCCAGUACUCGAAUGUCAACAAUAAUUAUGGUGUUGGUGGUGGACUGCAGAGGGAUCAGCAAACGGUCACGGGACUUCAGAUGACAGGGAAUGGAAAUGGAAUCACAGAUUUCUCGCAGUUGAGAACAAUUUCGCAGAUCGCGUCCGACCAAUCCACCUCUCUUACCACCACUCAAAUCCAAUCCUACAUGCAAAACGGCGCCAGACAUGUCAGAAUCUAUCAGUUCACGCAUGUCUCAGAAGUUGGAAGGAAUACUGUACCGGAUACCGGUGCCAACUGGAAACCGGUGUUCAAGGGACAAGACAUGUUCUUCAUCACCAUGUCCGAGACGAUCUGGACCAAUUCGAACUAUACGCCUCAGGAUAGACAAGUGGCGAACCAGAUGGGACAACGGUGGUCGGAUUUUGUGAAGACUGGACAAGUGGCUAAUUGGGAUACAACUAAUCAGCAGAAUUAUAAUUACUGUAAUUUGAAUACUCAAGCUACACAGCAGGCACAGUACGCUCCACAGGCGAGAAGGGUGUUCCAGGAUCAAGUGAACCCGAUUUGUCAGACGGCCCAAAACACGUACGCCAUGUCCAACAACCAGUCGCUACCGUACCCCUCCUCAAGUGGAUCCCAAAUCUCACGGACACCCGGAACAGCACAAGCCCAAUACACGAGUGGUGCCAAUGGGGCGUCCAAUUUUCAUAUCACAUUCCAAGUGAACAGUUUCCCGUUUAACGGUUAA